GAGGUGCCCUGGACUCUGGACAUGGGCCCGGUCAGUCCCCACUCUGGGAUGAGCCUGUCACCCCCUGGAGGAUGCCUCCGCGGCACCGCACUUUGUAGCAUAGUGUGUUUCUGGCACGUAUCUCAAAUAAUAAUUGUUGUAAAUGAGAUUGCAUCCUCCACACACUGAAGUUAUAGCUUCGAGGAGUUUGGCCUUAACUUCUGAGUGACACUCAGUUAUCAGCUCCGUGCUUCCUAUUUCAGUCCUUUAUUUCCCGGCCUAAGGAUAAUAGAAACAUUAUCUCCUUUCCUUAGAAAACAGAGUUGAGGGGCAGGAAAGUACCUUAGAGCUCCUUUAGCUCCAUCUCUUCACAGAUGGGGAAACUGAGGCCCAGUGGGGUACAUGCAUGUUCAAGGUCACAUGGUGUUUGGGUUCUUCUCGGGAGGAAUCACCACGUGUUCCAAUCCACAGUCAAAUACUCUGUCCUCCUGUCCCGGAGCGGCUCAGACUUUGCACUAAUGGUUUCCUUGUUUAUUAGUUAAAGAUAGAAGCCAUUCAGAGCAGGGUCAGCUGUUGGAAUGCCACCUCCGGGUGUUUUGGCUAAGUUUGAGUGUGUCAUCUUAGGACAUGUAUUUCACAGCCCGUUCCUCUCGGGGUAGGCAAGGAGGCAGGAGGAAGUGCUUCAGAAAAUCCUUCAGAAGUAGAGCCUCGCAGCCCGAGAGCAGUUUAGGCCACAGGUGGGUGUGGAGCCAUCUGGUUCCCUGUCACCUCACCUCUGCUCCAGGGCUGGGACCCUGUCUCGACUUUGACAUAAUUGGGCUUCUCUGAGCCUGUUUGUUCCCCUGUCAAGUCAGCAGGGAGGAUACCUGUUUUCCUCCUUUUGGGGUGUGAGGACCGGCCAGGGGAGGGUUAUGUAGAUGCCAGGGUGUGUCCUGUGCUGUCUGCAGGGCUGGGCUCUAUAGCCUGAGAGGCGGGCAUGGCACAGAUUUUCCUGCCAGCUGCGGCACAGUGCCAUCCUGGGAGGGCAAGGGGGCACUUUACGUUAAUUAACUUAGCGUUUGUGUAGGGCUUUUACCAUCUCAGCCAAUCUUCGCAAACCUGCAUUAGUUUGGGGGUGUUAGCCCAUUUGUUAGGUGAGGACUGACUAGGUGACUUCAUUGGGUCACACAGCUCGGAGGUGGCCUUGAGCCCGGGUCCUCUGACCCAAAGGCCACCUUCCUCCACUCGACUAAGGGAGCCCUUUAACACAGUGACUGGGACCUCGGGCUCUGGGACUCGACAGUUGGCUCCACCUACCAUUUCCUCAUCUGUGAAAUGGGCAUCCUUGCAGAACUCCGUCCCAACACUGUCUUCAGGGGAGGUUGAGAGUGUGCGUUUCCGGCGUCUGGCACACGCCGACUGCUCGGUAAAUGUCGGGUGUUAUUAGGCUCGAGGUGGUUAGCAACCAGGUUUUGUGGGGGGAUGGGCAGAUCUCGACCACGCGAGGCUGCUUUGAAACACCCAUGUCUGCGUGUGCCCUGGGCCUGCUGGGUCAGAGGUUGAUUGCCGUGGUGGAGGGAGUAGGAGGCAGGUUGAAGACCCUCCGGCUGAAUCUGACGCUCUCCUCUCAUGCUGGCCCUGGCUCUGGGCUUCACCGCUCCGUGUUCCAGAGCCCUGCUCCUCACAGUGGGCUCCUUGGACCAGCUCUUAGCACCUUAGACCCCAUCCCCAGACCCUCUGUGUCAGAAUCUGCAUUUUAAAAAGCUCCCCAAGGGAUUCAUAAGCAUGUUAAAGUUUGAGAAACACUGUUAAGGUUUAAAAACAUGGUAAUAAGAAAACCAAACACGCAGACCCACACUCCCCUCCCCCGUGCUCCUUUAAGAAAGGGUUAUUCCCUGGUUGUUUAGCCACCACAGAGUAAGCAACCGUGUUGCAAUAACUGAUAUUUCUGAUUCAUAUUUGUUUAAGGAAGGCCGGGGACGGACGCAAGAGAUAAGGGUGGCUAACCUGAGAACUGGCAGCACGGACAGGGUGGCAGUCAGCGUCAGAACAGGAUUAAAUAGCCGGCCCAGGGGUUGUCGGCUCAGGCCAGGUGGCCGAGCGUCAGGGCUUUCUGCAGUCUUCCGGGGUGGGGGUAGACGUGCUGGCCGUCGGGGCUCCCUCACCUGCCCACCCAGGCACGUCCAGACCCCUGCCUACCAGUAUCUGAUCAGGAGCUCUGAGAUGCCGCUGACAGCUGGUGGCUCCUCCUCCUCCAGGCUGUUCUCUGGGCUUCAGGUUUCUAGCUGCCUCUUUCCCGCACUGACCUUGCAGCUUUUCCUUCCCUCCAGACAGGGGCAGGUGCCACUUGAGAAAGAAAUGCUUGAAGGGCCAAAGACAGGAAAGCAGAAGCAAGUGGGAAGUGGUCCUGCAGGUCAUCUGUGGGUUUGGGCGUGGGCACAGAUAGGGGGACAGAGGAGGAGGAAGCUGAGGGGCUGCUCGUGUGGUCCUUGGGUCCUUCCGUUAAAGCUCCAGUGACGGAAAUGUCUGGUGUCCUGUAGAUUCUGGUGCAGACACUGUUGCGAGAGCCUCACUUUGUUAGGCCACUAACUGGGGACAUCUUGGAGAGAGAUGGGGAGGAGGCAAAGGGCAGAGUGGGAGGAGGGGGUCUGACGUCAGAGUCAGGGGCAGGUCUGGUCCCUCGAUAUAGGGGAUGAUACCGGGAUGUGGGAAGCACUGCAGGGCCUUUGCAGAAGUCCUCCUGUGUCUUUAAACCUCAGUGUCCCGAUCUGUGUAACUAGGCGGUAGCCUCAUUGUUGAGGAUUUUGUUAAUUAUUGGUAGAAUACCUGCCGUGUAAGAAGUGCCAAAUCAGUCAUCUUAGUUCCUUCUUCGGUCCUCCCACGCCCCAGGCUGGGCCCUGGUCUCCCCGCCUGUGUCUGAGAGCCGUGUUGCUUUCCUCCCACCUCUCUCUGCCUUUCCUUCAAAGCUCUGGCCUUGGUGGGAAGUUGGAGAACGGGAGAGCUGGGGAGUAAGAAUUGAGCCUGUGAAGUCCUACAGCCUUGGUCAGAGCAGAAGGCCAGAGAAAGUAAACCCCCCGGUGCAUUUGUGACAGGUCCGAGGCCUCUCGCCUUUGCUGCAUGUCAACUACUUCAAAUUAGGCUGAAAACUAGCCAGGAAGUUGGGCUAACCUCGCGGAGGCCACAGUGCGUAACUGCUGCCUGUCAGCUCCGGAGCGGAGGAGCCUGGUGCCUGCCCGACUACCCUGCUUUCUCACCAUGGGACCUUCAGCUGCCUGAGCCUCAGCUUGUCUAUCUGCAAAAUGGGGGGACUAUGAUAGUACCCCUUCCACUGAUUCUUUUCAGGCUCUUGUCUGGAUUCAGUGAGAGCUAAUGCACAGAAGCGCUUAGCUCCGUGUUGGGCACGUGCUAGCAUUCAGUGUUUGCUGUUAUUAGCAAUACUCCAUAAUGAUAGCUACCCUCAUAUAGCGCUUAAUAGGUGGUAGGCAUUGUCCUAAACACACCCUGAAUAUUAACUCAUUUUAUCCUGUAACAGCCCCGUGGUGUAGGUAUCACUAAUACCCCCAUUUCCGAUGAGGAAACCGAGGUGCAGAGAGGUUACGUAAUUUUUUAAAAAUUAUUUAUUUAGGCUGCCCCAGGUCUUAGUUGCGGCACUUGGGAUCUUUUAGUUGAGGCAUGUGGACUCUCAGUUGCGGCAUGCAUGUGGGAUCUAGUUCCCCAACCAGGGAUUGAACCCGGGCCCCCUGCAUUGGGAGCACAGAGUCUUAACCACUGGACCACCAGGGACGUCCCAGAGAGGUUAAAUAAAUGUUCAAGGCACCCAGGCCUUUGGAAGAUGCUCAUGGUGGCCGUGUGCGUGGCCCUGCUUGGCUGCCUGCAGGCCCAGGAACACCAAGGACACGUCUCCGUAAUCCUGCUGGGAGCCACUGGGGACCUGGCCAGGAAAUACCUAUGGCGGGGGCUGUUCCAGCUGUACCUGGAGGAGGCCGGGAAGGGCCACAGUUUUCGCUUCCAUGGGGCUGCUCUGACGAGCACCGAGCAGGGCCAGGAGGUCAUAGCCAAGAUCCUGGAGUCCCUCUCCUGCCCCAGGGACAUGGCCCCCAGUCGCUGUGCUGAACUCAAGGCUCAGUUCCAGCAGCUGAGUGAGUACCGCCGCCUGAAGAUGCCCGAGGACUAUCUGGCCCUGAGCAAGGACAUUGAGGCCCGGAUCCAGCAUGAAGGCCUCCGGGAGGCCGGCAGGAUCUUCUACUUCUCGGUGCCGCCCUUCGCCUAUGCGGACAUUGCCCGCAGUAUCAACAGCAGCUGCCGUCCAGGCCCAGGCGCCUGGCUGCGGGUUGUCCUCGAGAAACCCUUUGGCCAUGACCAGCGCUCAGCCCAGCAGCUGGCCACAGAGCUUGGGAGCUUUUUCCAAGAGGAGGAGAUGUACCGGGUGGACCAUUACCUGGGCAAGCAGGUGGUGGCCCAGAUCCUGCCCUUCCGAGACCAGAACCGCAAGGCCCUGGACGGCCUCUGGAACCGGCACCACGUGGAGCGGGUGGAAGUCAUCCUUAAGGAGACGGUGGACGCGGAAGGUCGCAUCAGCUUCUAUGAGGAGUACGGCGUCAUCCGCGACGUCCUGCAGAACCACCUGACCGAGGUCCUCAUGCCGGUGGUCAUGGAGCUGCCUGUCAACAUCAGCAGCUUGGAGGCGGUGCUGGAGCACAAGCUCCAGGCCUUCCGGGCCCUGCGGGGCCUGCAGAGGGGCAGCGCUGUCGUGGGCCAGUACCAGGCUUACAGCGGACAGGCGCGUAGAGAGCUGCAGAAGCCAGACAGCUUCCACAGCCUGACGCCGACCUUCGCAGGCAUCCUCAUUCACGUAGACAACCUUCGCUGGGAGGGCGUCCCUUUCAUCCUGAUGUCCGGCAAGGCCUUGGAUGAGAGAGUGAGCUAUGUCCGGAUCUUGUUCAAGAACCAGGCGUACUGCACCCAGAGUGAGAAGAACUGGGUCCCAGCCCAGAGCCACUGCCUCCCUCGGCAGAUCGUCUUCCACAUCGGCCACGGUGAGCUGGGCAGCCCUGCCGUGCUGGUUAGCAGGAACCUGUUCAGGCCUGCCCUGCCCUCCGCCAGCUGGAAGGAAGUGGAGGGCCGGCCCGAGCUCCGCCUCUUUGGCCGCCCGCUGUCCGAUUACUACGCCUACAGCCCCGUGAGGGAGCAGGACGCCUACGCCACCCUCAUCUCCCAUAUCUUCCACGGCCAGAAGGAUGCCUUCAUCACCACGGAGAACUUGCUGGCCUCCUGGGGCUUCUGGACCCCCUUGCUGGACAGCCUGGCCCACGAGGUCCCACGCCUCUACCCGGGAGGAGCAGAGAAUGGACACCUGUUGGACUUUGAGUUCAGCGGCAGCCACUUGGCCUUCUCCCAGCCGCCGCCGGAGCAGUUGAUGCCGGGGCUGGACUCCACUCCGACACCCAGCGACUUCCAGGUUCUCAGGGGCAAGUACCGAGAGAGCCCACUGAUCUCGGCCUGGCCCGAGGAGCUGAUCGCCAGGCUGGCCAGCGACAUCGAGGCUGCGGCCGUGGGGGCCGUGCAGCGCUUUGGUGAGUUCCACCUGGCGCUGUCAGGCGGCUCGAGCCCCGUGGCCCUGUUCCAGCAGCUGGCCACAGGGCACUACGGCUUCCCCUGGGCCCACACGCACCUGUGGCUGGUGGACGAGCGCUGCGUCCCGCUCUGGGACCCCGAGUCCAACUUCCAGGGCCUGCAGGCUCACCUGCUGCAGCACGUGCGGGUCCCGCACUACAACGUCCACCCCAUGCCCGUGCACCGGCACCGGCGGCUCUGUGCCGAGGAGGACCAGGGCGCCCAAGCCUAUGCCGAGGAGAUCUCCGCCCUGGUGACCAACAGCAGCUUCGACCUGGUGCUGCUGGGCAUGGGCGCCGACGGGCACACGGCCUCGCUCUUCCCGCAGUCGCCCGCCGGCCUGGAUGGCAAGCAGCUGGUGGUGCUGACCACCAGCCCAUCCAGCCCGCGCCGGCGCAUGAGCCUCAGCCUGGCCCUCAUCAACCGCGCCCGGAAGGUGGCAGUCCUGGUCAUGGGCCGGAUGAAGCGCGAGAUCGCCGUGCUGGUGAGCCGUGUGGGCCGCGAGCCCCAGAAGUGGCCCAUCUCGGGCGUCCUGCCGGAUUCCGGCCAGCUGGUGUGGUACAUGGACUAUGACGCGUUUCUGGGGUGACGGUGCCUUUGCCCUUCACUCACCCUGUGCUUCGCUUCACCCGCCCGCUCUCCACCCCAUCCGUCCUGCCGCCCCCCGCCUCCCCCACCACCACCAGGUGCCCUGCUCUCUGGAACCCGAUGCCUCACGGUCAGGCCCCCUGCAGAGGGAGGACGAGGCCCUCCCCCAACCCCUGUGACAGUCUCUGUCUAGUGGUGGUGGGUACACAUCGGAACGAGGAGGAAAUGGAAUCUCUGCUCCAAAUCCAAGUCAGGAGAGAAAUGUCCACCUUAAGAAAAGACCCACAGCGGUUACACGUGAACACACGCCAGCGCCAAACAGGAUGGUCUGAAAGCUCUGCGCUUGAGCAGGAGUGCGGUGGGCUGAGGUCAUCGAGGGUCUCCUGUGGGCCGGGACCCUUGGCCAGCUCUGGCGGAAGAGUAGAGUGUGGACAGUAGAGAGCAGGAGCCCAGGCUCCCAUGGUCCAGUGCCCUGAGCCCGCGAGCAUCUGCUGGGAGCCCUCGUCUCUCCUCCGUCCCCUUCCCGAGCCUCCAACUCAGCCUGCUGUCCUGUGCCCUCUGGGGCCACCCCCCCCACCCCCCGCUCUGCAUCUCAGCUCUCUCCCCAGUCCCAACCGUGGAGGUCUUCCCACCCCCUCUGUUUCUUUGCUGCCCCUCAGACGCCACAUUUAUGGGCAGAUAGCGGAUGAUGACAGUAGCACGGUGACAGAUGCUGGGAUGUGCAAACAGAUCCAGAAACCUUGCGACUGUGGUUUGGAGCUCCCUUUCUCAUAGCCAGGCUUCUUUGCUGGCGGGAGGCGCUGGUUCCCCAGCUCUGUCAGGGAGGACCUCUGGCCCACACCUGUGUUCCUGUCUCCAACCGACGCUGCGUGAAACUCACUGGACAUAGAUGAUCAGGCCAUUCCAGGGACCCCGCGUUUAAGAGCGUCCUUUGUGUCUCAGGGGACUUUCCAGGGAGUGUUUCUGCUCUCAGUGUCGUGCCUUGUUUUACCUGGAAAGAUCCAGUUAAAUCUUUCUCUGGUGGUGACGUCUCAUUUGGGGGCAGAGAUGUCACAUCAGGUGAUCAGACCACCCAGGUGCUACAAUCUGACCGGACUAGUGGGGCGGCUGCAACUCCCGUCGGCAGUGGCUGCCCACGACCGACCAUCUCAGGGACUUGGCCGAGGAGGGGCUGCCGCCGCCUGUCUCACCUACCUCGUGGCGGCAUCGGCCUCCUGUCUGCCGGUCCCUCCUGUCACCGCUCACCUCACCACUGACGCAUCGCUAAAAACUUGGGGGAACCAACAGAGCUUCUCCUUAAGUAGGUGCGAGCUCCGCUCCUGAGAAGCCAUGGGCCAAUAAUACCUGUUUUUCUGAAACCCCCAAGGCAAGAGGUGUUUCCGAAAUUCUUUUAAAAAAAAAAAAUCAAAAUUCUUAGGACACAUUUAGUUUUUAUUUCAACUUCCCACAUAGCCCAAGAUACGUCAGUACAGGUGAAGGCGGGUUUUUUCUGUGUAACUGCUGUCCCAUCUUACAGUGACAUUUUGUAUCAACAUCUGAUCAGGCAGAUACAAAGUGUCAAGGUCACACACUAAGGGCUUUCCUGGGUGAGGAGGCACAUCACAAAAUCUGUUUUUCUACUUUUGAUUGUUUACGCUUUCUCCAAGGCCCUUUACACUUCUUCAAGAAUUUAAAAGAAUUCUUGCUUGGAUGUGAGAUGUGUGCAUGUGAGGUGGGCGCUGGCGGCGGGGAGGGGGCUUCCCCUGGCCUCCAACGACCCGGUCCAGACAGGACAUCUCUCUUUAGGCCAAGAGAGCUCACCUUGGCAGAACAGAGCACAGCCCCCGGGUCAGGAAGUCUCCUCCCUUUCUGAGAGUCAGCAUUUUAGCUUUAAGGCUGCUGGUGGACCCGUCCUGCGGGAGUGGACACGUGGUUGCAGGCGGGGGCGCCACCUCUGGCCACGUGGGGGCGCCCUCGCACCAUCGUCCCUGCCGUCGGAACCACGUGCAGGUUCCUGUGCCUCCCCUGCCCUUGGCUCUGAGCAGUCACCACCCCCCACCCCGCCCCCAGUCUGUUCUUUAGGAACUUCUUCCUCUGCGAGUAAGAACGGGACCUACACAUGCAAGAUAAGUGUCACUGCAGGAUGAGGGGUGAGCAGACACCCGAUGUCAUCAUUUCUGGAUAAUAGUGAGUCACGGCGGGCCUUAGCCGAGCGUGUCCUGUUCUCAGAGGAGCGCCUUGCCUCAAAAUGCACCUUUCCUUGCAGAGAGCGCUGUAGGGGCAGGGGCGGGGGCACGAAGUGCCGAGGGUUCCUUUCCCGAAUCAAGGGCUGUCUUAUAGUCACACCAGACCGGUGCACUGGGAGACACUGCCGUGUUCCUGCUUCCGCCCGCUCCCCACCCCCCCCCGCCCCUCCCCUGCCCUCUGCUGGUGGUUUUCAGCCCUUUCACAUCAUGAUCCACAGCGAAAACACACUUUUCAUCCGCAGUCGGUGCUCACGUUCGUGCACUGAACACACGGAACCUGCGUCUCAAGCAAAAGUUUCAUAAAGGAAUUCUCACCCUGAGAUUUCAGGAUACCUUCUCUUUUCUCUUUUUUAUUUUUUAAAAACUGCUGACUGUCAUUCGCUAAAUCAAGUUGAUACAUGGUUUGAAAAGUGCUGCUCUCAUCCGACUUGACCCUGGCAUCUAAGCUGAGGCCCCGGGGCUCGGAAGGGAGCACGGGAACCCACCUCACACAGAAUGUUCGUGACCACACUGGGCCUGGUACCCAGGCUUUCCAUUCCUGCAGCUUCACGCCUCGGGCUGGUCCCAGCGGCUGCUGCUCCAGCCUCUGUGAUGGGGUGCUCGCUUCCUCCGUCCCAAGGGAGGGGAGCAGGGGGUGAUGAAGACACGCUGACCACAGCCCUGGGCUCGUGGGGGCGAUGACAGUGUGUCCUUUCCAGAGGGGUAGUACAUAUCAGGCUCAGUACUACACGUUUUGCACUGUGUGGUCUUCUUUAACCUUUACAACAACCCUUUGAGGAGUGAAGGGAUCCUCAUUUACUGAUGAUUUUGAAAGCGAAACUGGAGUUGUCUAAUGACAACAGGCUGGUUGUUCCAAGCCAGACGUGGACCCCGGGCCUUCAGGGCUCUAGAUGUGUGCUCCCAGCUGCCCUGUGCUGCCACCUCCUCCGCAGGGAGCUCGGUGCAGCCGCGGUUCCCAGAGCCCAGGCGCCCUGAGCGGACCCCACGUCAGAGGCCCCGUGGGCCUGUGAAAGGCAGCAGGGCCCCUCCUCUGGGAGGCCAGGCCAAAUCCCCGUCUCCAGAGCAGGCAUUGUUACCAUUUGCUGGAAGGGAAGAAUCUGGGACUUUCCAGGCUGCUGUAAGCUAGAUCCUGAUUUUGCUCCGGGAGCAAAGUUUUCUGCUCACCGCAAGUCUGAGCAGCCCUGUUGACCUGCCCGGCUCCUCGUUUCUCUGCACACAGUACUGUCUUCCCAGGAGCGGCACGGCCCCAGCUCUCUGCCAGCGGGCCCUGUUUCAGAACCCCCAGAACACUCGGGCUUGGUCUCCCUGGUCUGGGAGCUUCCUCCUCCCCGUUUGUACAGAGAGCCAGGGACGGUGUGACAGAGGGAGGGCAACGCUUCCACAGAGCCUUAAGGGGCGGUUUCCUACAAGUUAGUUUUCAGAAACAGACUUCUUUUUUCUCGACAAAAAUACACACAACCACACCGAAGCAGCCUCUGCGUCCGUCUUACCAGCUGUAUUUUUAUCUUAAGCAGACCGGGCCCUGUGGACCUCGGUCCAUUGGUAGAGAAGCUGCCGGACAGCGUGUCCGUGUCAGAGCACUAACAAGUCACAGGAAAGGCCAGUGGUGACACGAGGGGGAGGUGGCCUUGGUGGCAGGCCCAUGCGAUCGGCACUGCCGGCCCUGCAAACGAUAGACCCCAGGGGCCCGGGGGGUGGGGUUUUGCGAGGUCUUGAGAGGCUGCUGCCUCCUGCCGCUACUGCCCCACCAGGGGCCAUCCCCUCCCCCCCACCCGCCUGCUGAGCGGAAGCGCAUCCCCAGCCCCUCCGCCCUCCCACGGCUCCACUCUACACACGCAGACCUCAAGGCUGCAUCUGUGCCUGGGGCACUGGAAGUGCUUGCUUUGGUCAGGCGAGAUUUCCACCAGGAAGAGGGUGGUUCCUCCAGCCUCAUCCGCGUUUGGCAGCUGGUCAGAGCCCGGGACAGCAUGGGGUCGGACCGCGCAGUGAGGUCAGCCUUCAAGGAGGCCCCGAGCAUCUUGGCUGUGGUCAUGAAUUUGUUCCUCUCAUCAGCAGUCCCCAACCUUGUUGGCACCAGGGACCGUUUUCGUGGGAGAGAGUUGUUCCAGUGACUGGGUGGGUGGGGUGGGUGGGAAUGGUUUUGGGAUGAUUCAAGUGCAUUACAUUUGCUUUAUUAUUAUGACAUCAGCUCCACCUCAGAUUGUCAGGCACUCGAUCCCGAGGGUUGGGGACCCCUGCCUCUAAUAACCCUGCCUGCUUCCCACCCCGCCCCACUGACCGGCCAGCAUUGGCCCAGACGUCAGCAUGCCGUCCGAGGUCCAUCUUCCAUUGCUCACUUGGAGGUUGGACUUGGGCACCAGCAUGUCCUCUGGGGUCCUUUGCUGCGUACUGUGUAGUCUCCAAGUGAGAUGGAAAGCCUGCUUCCUGCCCUUCCUGCUCUAGAGCAGGGUGCUGCCUCCCACACAGGGCAGCCUUCACUGGAGGAAGCUGGUGGGAACCCACACCAGCCUGUGCUCUUGGAGGACAUGCAUCCUCCAUGACAUCCCGGGACCCUCGUCCAGAGGUGUGCACGCCCGGCCUCCCUCCGUCAGCAGCUCGAGGUGGGGCCAGAGUGAGACGCUCUGAGGAUUCCCCGACUCAUUGCGAAGCAAGGUGCAGACUUAUAAUGCUGUCAGCACGAGAGAGAAGUCGCUGGAGAUUUGAGGAGGCA